UCAGGGAAUAUGAUGUUGGGUGGCCUUUGUCCUUUUCUCGAUCACUGAAAAUAUCACCUCGAAAACCACCAAAAAACUACGAAAAAUCGAAUUUCAACCCACCAUACUAGUGAACGUAAUCUCAUCUGGGUCUUCUGUUCAGUUAUUUAGGGCCAAGGUUUAGAAAUUUUGGUAAAAAAUCGGAGAUUUCUGAGGGUGUCAUUUCGCGCCAUUUGUGGAGACGACGCUUAACUUAUCUUCGGGAACAAAAUUCGAAAUUUAUCUGGAAGUAUUCUGGUAUUGCUGAAACCAAUUCUGACAAGAUGGCAAGUGUAGGUAAUGUUGGCAAUGGAACGAAUGAGAAGGAAGCUGUAGAACAAACAGUUGAAGGACAAGACCUAGCGGGAACUGCUAAAACAGAUGUUGACGCAGAGACUCAAAUAGCUGCUGUCUUAACAGAAAUGCAGAAUGCAAGUGAAAACAUUGCUGUAGUGGAAGCAGAGAAGCCAGCAGAGAAGCCAGCAGAAAACAACCAAGGAAACUUUGAACCUAGUAUUGCAGUGAUAAUGCAAGAUGAGACGACUGGAGCUGCAGGACAACAAACCAAUGGUAAUCGAGAAGGACAGGUCAAUCUAACACAAGAUCAAAUAGAGGUGAUGCAGUCAGGUCAGAUACCCAGUCAAUCCUCUCUCUACUCUCUUGGCAAUAUUGUACUUAUAUUAUCUCCAGACAUCAUGGCAUCAACUGGUGGGCUUACACCAGAGCAGAUCCAACAGAUUCAGGAAAGCCAAGCCAAUCUUUUUGCAGAUAAUGCACAGGAGGGUUCUGCUAUUAGUAUCAAUCUUGACAGUACUCAGAAGGAAGGAGAGGGUACUACUGCCGCAGCUAGCGAAGCACCCAAGGCUCCUACCGUUGCUGCCACUCAUAAAACAGCAGAAGCUACGAGCACAACUGCCACUGCUGUCACAAAGGAAGCUAAAGAAGACAAACCUGUGGAGAAAAAAGAUGAAGGAACUAAAGAAAAGAGCGACACAGAAAAGGCUUCAACUGCUGCCAAGAAAGAUGCUGACAAACCAGCCCCUGAGACUACAAUGGAUAAAGGCAAGACAGAUUCUACUAAAACUACCCCUGAGCAAGGCGAAGCUGGCAAAGAAUCUGAACCUGCAGAGAAAAAGAAGGCUAGUACUGUACGUCCAAUAAAGAAAAGAUACAGGGCAGGGCAGAAGAAAGAUGACGAAGCAACAAAGACUGCUGAUGACGAGAAGAACGAAGAGAAAGAAAGUGAAAAGAAUGGUGAAGAAAAUAAAGAGAAAGAGAAAGAGGGUGAGGAUAAAGCUGAUGGUGAUAAAGAGGAUGGAAAGGAGAAGACCAUGAAGUGUCCUAAUUGCAGCGACGCAUUCUCAACCAAGGAGGAGUUAGAGGAACAUUCUAAGACUCACAACAGAAGAAAACGUGGAAGAGCACCCAUUAAACAUACCCCGGAGACCCCCCCUGUUUCCCGUCCAAAACGGGCCAAGAAGCCUGAGUCCGAACAGGGGAAGGAGGACAAUUCUAUUCAGUGCGAGGUCUGUGGUGAAUCAUUUUCUGCCGAGAAUAAACUCCGUAAGCACCUGACGACUCAUAAUGUCAACAAACGGCUACAUUGUGAUGGCUGUAAAGUACCAUUCGCAUUCCAGUACCAGCUGGACCGGCACGUGCGUAGGAACACGGGGGAGGAGCCUUACAGCUGUGACCACUGCUCCGAGACCUUCAAACUUCGUUGCCACUUCAACUACCAUCUUCGUCUUCACAACCCCAAGAAGAUUCACCAGUGCGAGCACUGUGACAAGACCUUCAAUACAUUCGCCAACCUAAAGGGCCACAUCCGCAUCCACACCGGCGAGAAACCUUACAAGUGUGAGUUUUGCGAGAAGGCGUUUACAGAGUACAGCAGCUUAGCGAAGCAUCGUCGCGCACAUACCGGCGAGAGGCCAUUCAAGUGCAACCUGUGUGUGAAGAAAUUCUCGCAGUCUGGUGGCUUGAAGGUUCAUAUGCGCGUGCACACGGGAGAGAAGCCUUAUAAGUGCGGGGAAUGUGAGCGAUCCUUUGCCAAGGGGUACAACUUGAAGACUCACAUGAGGACGCAUACCGGCGAGAAGCCAUACAAGUGUGAAAACUGUAGCAAGGUGUUUUCCCAGCACAGCACCCUCGUCCAGCACAUCCGUCGACACGAGGGGAAGAUCCCUAAGACCAAGACCACCACGGCACAGCAAACCACAGGAAACCCAGAGACGGACAUAGUAGAAAGCCAUGAAGAGACUCCAGUCCACGAGGAGAUGGAAGCACAAGUCAUUCAGCAGGCUGAAGUGCCGGAAGCCAACGUGCAGGAACAAGAGGGCGUCAUAGAAGCACAGGCUCAGCAGGAAGUGGAGGCGACGAAGACGAUCGAGACAGCCGCUCUGGUUGCCCUCCAACAUACGGUCCCUCAGCAGCCCAAUGAAGUCGUACUAAACGGGAGAACCGAAGCAGAGCAAGUGGCUGCUCUACAGGAAGCCACCCAAGCAAUACAGAUGCUUCAGAUGCAACAGCUUGUUCAUCAAGUAGAGGAAGUCGUGUCACAGACAGGUUUUUCUUAGUUAUCUAAUCCUUAUUUUAUCCGCACUUUAGUUAGAGACACUCGCAAAUUCAGAUAUUUCCGUCCGUGCACCAACGUUGCCCCGGACGUAUUACCCACUCUGAGGUUGAAGAAAAAACUGGGUCGAGUUGGCAUUGCAGUGCAUUGUAGGGCUGUUCUAGCGGACAAAAUAGACGCCAUCUUGGAAAUAUGAAACCCUAAAACAGUCCCACAAUGCACUGCAAUGCCAGCUUGACCCAGUCUUUACCUCAACCUCGGAAUGGCUAAUUCUACAUGGGAACAACAUAACAUAGGACUACUGUUGUGCAAUAGGAUAGAACGUUAGCGUGAACCAACUCUGACCCUUGUGGGAUCCCAUCAACUUCUAUAAAGUGUUUUCACUCACGUCACAUGGCAGCCAUAUUGAUUUACCAAACAAUAGAAACUUUCUGCUCAAAAUUUGCAUAAAAUAGAGUUCAAUUCCCAGAGGAUAGAAAAUGUAUUGUUUUGGUACACUAA